ACUAAUGGAGAAGUCAUUUAAGAAGGGAUAUGACCAUGUCCUUAAACUAAUAAUGAUCGGUGACUGUAAUGUAGGCAAAACAUGUAUCCUUAACAGGUUCUCAGGAGAUGGCUUCAGCUCAAGCUACAUGAAUACAGUUGGCAUUGACUUCAAAAUUAAAACGAUUGAUAUUGAUGGAAGUAUUGUUAAAGUUCAAGUCUGGGACACUGCAGGGCAGGAAAAGUUUAAAACAAUCACUCAAUCAUAUUACAAAGGUGCAAUGGGCAUCAUCCUUGUGUAUGAUUCCACAGAUCCAAUAACAUUCUCCAAUGUAGAAAGCUGGAUGCAAGACAUUGAUGACUUUGCAUCAAAAGAUUGAGUGAGGAUUCUAGCUGGCAACAAGAGUGACAAGGAAAAUAUCAUGAUUUCUACUGAAAAAGGUCAAGAGCUUGCUGAUAAGUACAAGAUUGACUUCUUUGAAACCUCUGCAAAGACAGGUCAUAACGUCAAUGACUUAUUCUACGAAAUGACCAGGAAUAUUUUAAUCCAAAAAGGGAAAAUAAAAGAAGGUGCUUCACAAUUCCGUGCCGGCUCUGUAUCCAUUAGACCUUCCCAAACUAGCCAGCCAAAAGAUGACCCAAGCUGAUGUGCGUAAUCUCUCUUGCUAAAUUUAUCUAAAAC